CGGUUUUAUUUACAUCUUGAAAAGUACAAAAAAAAAUCAUUUCCCAUGAUCCAAUGCAUGCCCAAAGGGGUACGACGUCUCGAGGAUUUUUGACACAAGAAAAUAAGAUAGGCUGCUUCCGCGCGCGAUUUAUAAUGGUUUGCUCACUUUGCGAAAUCUCUUGAGUGUAGCUAACGUUUCACAGUUAUAAUGACUUGAAUGUCAAUGCAUUUAACCUAGCUGGUCCUAUCAUCUCUGAAGAUAAGACUGGGCCAUGCGCAGCUGGAGGUGGCAGUUCUCCAGGAUGAUGCGCCUUUGCCUGCGCUGGUGCCGACUGUGUCCUAAGCGAGGGGUGCGCCCCAGCAAACCCCGGAGGAAGCUAGGAGAGCUGUGGAGCUACUGGAAGCUGCUGCUCAACUCCCUCUACUUCAACAGCCUCACCAACUCUGACACCUACCUGGACUGUGUCUUUGAACCCAUCUACUGGAUUGUGGACAAUGUGACUCGCUGGUUUGGGGUGGUAUUUGUGUGCCUGGUGAUUGCCCUCACCAGCUCUGUGGUGGUCAUUGUCUACCUGUGCCUGUUGCCUGUUAUCCUCAACACCUACCCACUGCAGUGGAUCAUCUGGCACCUCACCUAUGGCCACUGGGUCCUCAUGAUGGUCCUCUUCCACUACUACAAGGCCACCACCACCUCCCCUGGACACCCACCACAGGUUAAAAGUGAUACACCGUCAGUGACCAUCUGUAAGAAAUGCAUCGUCCCCAAACCAGCCAGGACUCACCACUGCAGCAUCUGCAAUACGUGUAUUCUGAAGAUGGAUCACCACUGUCCUUGGCUCAACAACUGUGUGGGCCACUUCAACCACCGCUACUUUUUCUCCUUCUGCCUGUACAUGACCAUGGGCUGCAUGUACUGCAGCGUCAGCUGCAAAGACAUGUUCAUAGAGGCCUACAACGCUGUCGAGAGCUACUAUCAGACCCCACCAGCACUGUUUUCCUUCAGGGAAAAGUUGGUCCACAAUGGUGUCAUUUUCCUUUGGGUGCUGACAAGUUCGGUGGCAGUUGCUCUGGGAGGUCUGACACUGUGGCAUGCUAUCCUCAUCACUCGAGGAGAGACCAGUGUGGAGAGACACAUCAACAAGAAAGAAAUCAGACGUUUAAAGGAGAAAGGAAAGGUGUUCCGAAAUCCAUACCACUAUGGGAAAAUAAACCAUUGGAAAGUUUUGUUUGGCGUGGAGGAGACAAGUCACUGGUUGACCAGAGUCCUCCUGCCGUCUAGCCAUGUUCCCCAUGAAGAUGGACUGAUAUGGGAAUGCCCUCGGGCUCUCACCAGAAGAGACCCGAUGACCAUCUAACCUCACUACUCACUGCUGCUGGACAGUUCCUCAUCUCCACUUUAUGGGCCAUAAUCACUGCUAUGGCCCCUGGAUGGUGGGGUAGACAGAAGACUUCUUUUAGCCUCUGAGGAGUGGACUAUUUGGUGUUGAUUGUGGCCCAUGAGUCCAGGGACCUUAAUCAGACCUCCAGUCACUGUCAUGUGAAGUGAACUGAUGGUCCUGUCUUUAAUUGGCUCCUUGUCUUGUGAACUGACUGUGUUUUUGUACUGUUAGGUAUGUUGUCCAAAGUUGAUGUGAAGUGUGUGCUUUUUAAUUGUACUGAAGUCACAGAAGAAGCAGUUUGGACUUUUUCAGUGCCAAAGAACAGCUUUCCACCAAAGGCUAGGUUCGAGCUAGAUAACCACAUGCCGUGGCCAUUGUCCAACUAUGGGUGAGUACUCUGGAGACUCCAGUUAGAUUAUGGUGCUCAUGUUACUGAGCAGUGCCCCUGUCAAUAUUAGGAAUUGUCAUAAGAUUGCUAUGUUAAAUCUUUAACCUGGUUUCUAUUUGUUAAUUAUCAGGCACUAAUGCAAAGUACAGUUUAAUGUAUUUUCUACUAUUAUCCAAUCUCUCCCACAUUGAUUUCCCCACUAAAAAGCGGCGUGUACACUACACGAUUUUGGUCCUGAUAGCUGUCCCGGUCAAGUUUUUGAGAUCGGUAUUUUCAAACAUGGGUUUUACUUUAUCGGCAUAAAAUCAGCAAUGAUCUUGUAGUGUGAGAUGUGCAACAAGUUUUUAGAAUGGUGAUAAGCAAUAGCCAAUGAGAGCUCGCCAGUGAGAUGACGUUUCGCAUCACACAGAAUGUGUAGGUGCUCGAGCCGGAGCCAUGAAUACUAUUAGUACGCGUUUGUACUUCCCUUUAACCAAAGCGUCAAGUCGUUACAGCUCUGAAGUUCACAAGCAAUGUUAUUGAAAUCAAAAUGUUGUCUAGAUAUUUAAACUCUGUAUGGCAAGCGUGAAAGUCUUAAAUAAAGGAGAGCCGCACACUCUAGGAGCUCAGAUGCAAAACUAUUUAUGUCCAACGUUUCGACAGACAAGCCGUCUUCAUCAGGGUAUAAUGACAAACACUGCGAGAUGAUUCAUUUUAUAUAGUGUCAAAAGACACACAGGUGUCUUAUCAUGGACAGUUGUGGCCUGAUAUCAAUGGUUAAUUAUAUUAAAAUAGCAUACAAAUACAAUUUGGCUACAGCGUGAAAGUCUGACUGAAAACGUUUGAGGCUGUUGAGACCGCUCGUUGUAGCUACAUUAAAUCUAAUAGCGUGGUAUAUAGAAUCCUCACAAGUGAAUUAUCUUGUAGUGUUUGACCCCUGUCUGUGCCACAUCGUUUAGUGCGCACCACUACAUUGGCAAGACAACUACAGGAAAGAGGUUGUUUAACCUCUACGGAAUCACUCCCCCCCCCCCCCCAGGUCAUGGUUGCGCUAACGUGAUGAGCAUGACGUAAGUAGCAUGAACAUAGACAUAUCUGAUAUGAGCAGAAAGCUUAAAUUCUUGUUAAUCUAACUGCAAUGUCCAAUUUACAGUAGCUAUUAGUGAAAGAAUACCAUGCUAUUGUUGAGGAGAGUACACAGUUAGGUACUUAAAUGUAUCAAUUAAGCACAUGUUGAACAGUAAUGCAAUGGUUCAUUGGAUCAGUCUAAAACUUUGCAGAGACUGUUGCCAUCUAGUGGCAAAUCUAAAUUGCACCUAAACUGGAAUAAUACA